UCCCUCACGGUGUGUGUGUGUGUGUUAGCUCAUAAUAUUCAUCUGCUGUGGUUACAGAGAGGGAGGGACAGACAGCGAGAAGAAAGGCACGGCUGGCAACAGAAACCAAUCGGAGCGACACCUCACUGUAGACAUCGAUCGGGAUUUAUUUAUCGGACGGAAACCGCCAUCAGUCUGUCAAACAUUAACCUUCAGAAACCCCAGAGAAACAUCAGGGCGUUUUUGAAAUAUCGCCGACGACAUGGCUGAUUUCAGUAUUGAUCAGAAAAACCUGCCUGGCGUUAAAGAGGUGUGCAGAGACUUCGCUGUGCUGGAGGACCACUGCCUGGCCCACAAUCUCCAGGAACAGGAGAUCGAGAGUCAUCUGGCAUCCAACGUCCACAAGAGCCGUCUGGUGCAGCAGGACCUGCAGGUAGCCAAACGUCUGCAGGAGGAGGAAGACCAACGGGCCAAAGCCGUGAGCAAGAGACAGCAACGACACAUCGAACGCAUCGACAAUGAAAUGGCUCAGGAGAUUCAGGAACAACUGGUCUGGCAGGCUGAACAACAAAGGAAACAGGAGGAGAAAGAUGAGGCCAUUGCCCGCAAACUGCAGGAACGUGAGAUGAAAGAGGAGAGAAAACGACAUAAGCAGCUGGAUUCGAACUUUGAGGAGGAAUACUACGAAGACCAAGCUUCCCGACCUCAACUGGACCCGCGACAACAGCAUCCCGGUUCCGUUUCUCCGGGUUACAGAAAAGAACGAUAUCAGGACCACAGCAGUAGCCGAUCCCCGUACAACUCCCCAGACCCACACAGAAAACGAAACCCCAAUAACAGUCACGGUACCCGUAGUCGAUAUCCAGACUCAUCUGAAUCUGGGCUCUUGAGGCCUCCAGAAAGAUUCCCAGAGCACCAUUCACCCGAGCGGCGACCAAAACACUCUGAAGAUUAUUCGAAAGAAAGACAUAGACCAUUAGAUGUUGACUAUAUAGAACCACGCAGGAGAAGAAAACAGGAUCCAAUGGACGAACCCCGAACUUCAAGAGACGAUCAAGAAACUGUAGUGCGCAGGAAGGAGAAACCCCUCAAAGAUCAUUCUGCUACACGGGAUAAAGACAGGAACAGAGAUUGGGAGCGAGAACAAAAUGCACCGAAAACCAAAGAAAGGCCAAGGGAUGGAGACCACAGGGGAAGAAGUCGAGAUCGAACGUUUAGCGGAGAUAGAGGAGUUGAACGUAGGGGCAGACCCUUGGACAGGGAGAUGGACAGAAAUGGCUAUGGACAUGAAAGCAGAGAAAGAGGCAGAGAUGGGAAGAGAGAGAAACACAAAAGCAGGGACAAACAUCACAGUAGGGACAGAAGCAGAGAGAGCGAAAUUGACGGUGACAGUCUUGACCCAAGUAGACGAUGUUCAGAGGACAGUCUGGAGUGGGAGGAGCACAAGAGCAGACCGAGGUUACCAUCAGGCCCCAAUGAUGUGUUUGAGGGGCCAAAUCUCAGAGGUCCCUCAAAUGAUGGUCAGUCCCCAAGAGAGAGAGGACGGAGGGUUCGAGGGGAGUAUGGAAUGAGGGAAGCGACGCAUGGCUUGGCUCACUUGGAUCUACAAGAUCAGGAGUCAAAAGACUUGGAGGUGGCGCGCAUGCUACAGGAAGAAGAAAUCAAGGCAAGUCAAAUUGACAAAAGAGACUCCCAAGUUUCGCAAGAUGAGGAAUUAGCCCGACGGCUAAUGGAGGAGGAGAAAAGAGAGUACAAGAAAUCCAGAGACAAGGAGAAAAGACGAGCUGAAGUGCCAGUGCAAGAGGAAGUUGUACGGCCAAGAACACGGGACGAAGUGUAUAACAGUGAAGAAGAGUACCAGAGAGCACGGAACCACAAACCGGCGAGGCCGCCUCCGCCUACACAACAGUAUGAAAACAUAAACCCGAGCUACGCUUACGCGGAGAGCCCCUAUUCUCCCCGACCUCCAUCAAGACCAGAGGCGGCAUACAAAGGUGCCUACUACAGACAGUGACCGGAAGCCUCCACUGCUGUCCAAUCGCAAGUUGUCCCUUGAGUUUGGCCCUUUACUUUGCAAAUCAAUGAAGGAGGAAGUGAUUAAAAACUAUUCAUAAGGCUUUCGACAGAAAUCUACUGACACUUUAUUUUUUCUCGGUCAGAAACCGAGGUGUUCACCUCAACACAUCAGGUGAGCUGAAGUUGUCUCUUCGUGUUAUGAAAGAGUCUUUUACCCUGGAGCUUUGAACUACUGCGCGACAGGGGCAGUUCCUGGUCGCUUUGAUGAUGUGAUGUUCUUGUAUUAUGGAUGGAUGGACGGGAAUCUGCUGCACAGCUCUUUGGAACAACCAACUCUUUAGGCUAAGAUGAUCGAAAUUUGUUUCAUGCAUUUCCAUGUGUUCUUGAUGCUAGAUCAGCAAUGUUUCGUUGCUGAUCUAGAUGCUGCAGACUUGCAGUUUUCCAAGUUUGUUUUUUGCUGUAUGUGUUCACUUAAAACAUUUUAGACAUAGUUUUGCUCUAUAUAUUUAUUGAUUUAAGAGGAUAUAUUUUAUUUUAAUAUUUUUUUAGAUUGUUCCAACAAGACUAUUAGCUCAAUGAAUCAGUCUUAAUGCAAAGUUUCAACCCUGUUCUUUAAACAUCUCAAUUGAAUACUUUUGAUUUCGAUUUGCUAGUUAAGGUUGGUUUCAUUGUUAUUCAGAAGAGACUCUUUACGGAUGCUGUAGGCUCACAUACAAGUCAAGUUUGAGAUGCCCAGCUCUCGGGUGCCGUGGUGUUGUUUUGCCCCCUCACCUGCAGUGUCCAUAAAGAUUCUCUCAUCUACUCCGUAGGUGCUUCGACACAUACUGAUAUGCUCCAGUGUUCAAGUGCAUGCUGGCUGAAUGUGAACUCUGUGGGGUUGAAUCUUUACAAAUCUUGUCUGGAAACAAAAACAGUGGCUGCAAAAAGUCAUGUUUUAUUUUUAUACACUUUUAUUUAUAAUUGACAAAAGAAUAAAAAGUUUCAACAGG